AUGUGUCAGCAACCACCUUGAAGUCCGCGACGAGAGUGGGGAUCGCGGGAUCGAUUUCUUCUGGGUACCGAGCAGCGAGAUCCUUGCACGACUGGCCCGUCUGGGUGCUGUCCAAGAAGAGGCAGAAGUCGACCUCGUAAUACCCGGGGUUGGAGUAUUUCCCAGCGAGGGAGGUGAAUGGAACGGAUGGCAGCUUUGGGUGCUUCGAGCGCGGUGUCGCGGGCGGUGGAAGCGACGAGGCGAUUGCGUUGCGGUAUCUUGACAUCGGACGAGGUCAGACAGCUUCCGAAGGCAAAUGCGAUUCAGUUCAGCACGCACCGGGACGUCCAAUCCACGGGCUUGAGUUGCAGGAACUCGUCGAUGAGCCGGAACUUGAUCGCCUCAGCUAUCAACGACCCGAGGCUGUCGUCGUUUGUCAUCACCGCGACGCCGAAUUCCUGCCAGGGCAGACGGCUGACUAUGCUGUUGAACCCAGGAACUGAUCCAUCAUGCUGCAGUGAUCCGUGAGUGCAUUCAGUUCCAGAGCCCGGAUAUCUCCCACCUCGAUAAACUCUGUCUGAAGCUCCCUCGCGACUGGCCGCCACCAUACACAAUCGGGGAGAUCUCCG